AUGCCUUCCCUCCGCAACGUCGCUCUCAACACCCUUCUGGCCUUUGCCAUGUCCAAUGUUGCCAAUGCCUACCCUGCCCAGUCUCGCGAUGUCAAGCCUGUUGAUAUCAAUAUCGAGAAGCCUGACUGGCCUGAAUACAAUGUCAAUGUCGAUUUCGAUGACCACUAUCACCCCAACGUUGAGAUCGAAAAGGUCGACAAGCGUGGUAUCAAGGACGACGACGACAAGCACUCCAACGUUCAUAUCGAGAAGCCCGAUUGGCCUGAAUACAACGUCACUGUCACCUUUGACGAUAACUACCGCCCCGAUGUCGAGAUCGAAAAGGUCGACAAGCGUGGCAAGAAGCCGGAUGGCCUGAGCAUUGACAAAGAGCCCAGUGGAAGCUUCGCCUGUCCUGCCACCGACCGAUACUCGGCCACGACAUACACUGCCAACCAGGCCAAGCUUGCCUUUGUCGCAGGAGCCAAAUAUGCCUACGAUGGCAAGCAAGUCGGGCACGGAAACUACCCCCAUAUCUAUGGCAACCGCGAGGAUCUGCCUUUCAACUGCGGCAGGGCUACUGCCGAGUUUGUCAUUGACCGAAACGACCCUGGUGAGGCCUACGACGGUGCCGACACCCGCGACCAGCCUGACCGUGUCGUCUUCGAGUGGAACGAGAAGAGGAGCGUUGCCAAGUUCUGCGGAAUCAUGCGCCAUGGCAACAACAAUGGUGACUUUGUUCUCUGCGGUAACUAG